CGAAGAUGUCCCAGACUCUAGCAUAGCAAAAGCAUUUAAAUAAAUAAAGUUACUCCUAAUCUUUUGAAUUUUAGAAGCUUAUAACAGACUAAGAAAAACCCAUUUCAUCAUUUGUUCAACCACCCGAACUCCUUACCAGGUUAGAAAGAAAAGGCAUAUACCUUACAAGAAUGGAAGAAGUGAAGUUACUAGGAGCUUGGCCUAGUGUUUAUGGCUACAGAGUGAUAUGGGCUCUGAAGCUCAAGGGUGUCAAAUUUGAAUAUGUAGAAGAGGAUCUUUCCAAUAAGAGUGAUCUUCUUUUGAAGUACAACCCAGUUCAUAAGAAGAUCCCUGUGCUCGUUCAUGGUGGAAAUCCAAUUGCUGAGUCCACUGUUAUUGUUGAGUACAUAGAGGAGGUUUGGCCCCAUGAUUCCUUGCUUCCGGAUGACCCAUAUGAGAAAGCCAGGGCUCGGUUUUGGACAAAGUUUGAAGAGGACAAGAGCCCCACUUUCUUUGGUUUCUUUCAUUUUGUGGGAGAAGAGCAAGAGAAGGCAACAAGAGAUGCCAAAGAGGUGCUGAAAAUAAUAGAAGAUCAUGGACUUGGGGAUAGGCAGUUCUUUGGAGGCAAUAAGAUUGGAUUAACUGACCUAGCCUUUGGAUGGUUAGCAGCUGGCUGGCUUGACGUCAUGGAAGAAGCAGUUGGUGUCAAACUGAUGGAAGCUAAUAGCUUUCCACGCUUACAUGCUUGGACUAAACGCUUCAAGGAAGUCCCUGUGAUCAAGGAGAACCUUCCUGCUCGAGAUGACAUGUUGCCGUAUUUCAAGCGCCUGAGGCAGAUAUUUAUUGCAUCUUCAACAUCAUAAAUGUCAGCUUUGGAAUUUUCCAUGUAUGCUUUGUUCUUUAUGUUUCGUUAUUCAGAGUUGGAGUUAUAGAGAAUAAGUACUGCAGAGGUUUCAAUGAAUAUAUUCCCACACUUUCAUUGAUAGAAAUCUGUAUUGUUAUAUACAAGAAUGAAGAGAAGCUAAUUUAGGAAAUACAUAUACGGUAAUGCUAGAAUUAUGCUAAAGUUUACAGCAGACAGCUAUAUAAUACAAAAAUAGAAUCAGCUA